AAUAGUACUAAUAAAAAAGCCCCCAGUCACGACUCACUCUCUCUCGCCGUCUCGUGCACGCCGUUGGUCUCUCAGAAUCGCUGUGCUCCUUAACUUUUAUCGACGCGGUUGCGGGGACAGUGUACUGGCGUAGCGACCAAAGUUGUGCUUCACGAAAUGGUUUGGUGAAAAUUCAAGAGAAGCAUCAAGAUCCAACCUUUCAAUUAGUCCGCCCACAAGGAGGAAGAAAAAACCCAAAAAUAAUAAUCAAAGAAGAAAAACAGCGACUCGGAGAUUUGGAUUUAUUUGCUAGGGGCACACUUUACCGCUCACUCUAAAACAUUUCUUCCGUGCUCGGCGUCUUUUCACCUUCCUCGCUCCGCCGUGCCGGAGAAGGACAGACACUGAGUUUCCAGCUUUCCUCCAAGCGACGUCGUUUCUGGCUCUAGGUACACAGCCGCGCUGUUCUUGUUGGCAUAAUUUGUAUUGAAUAUCUCGUCUGGGGCUCCUGCCAAAAUGAGUUAUCGCUAUCUGUUUGAGUUUUGUCAUACAGAGUUUCACUAUAUAAGCAUGCCUUCUUGGUGGAGGAAGUCUUCGUCCAAAGAAGUGAAGAAGAAGAAAGCUAAUCGGGAGAGUUUCAUCGAUACCAUAGCAACCAUACACCGUAAACUUAAGAGCUCGUCUGAAGAAAAGUGCAAUGGUAGAUCAGGAGGUUCUCGAAGAAGAUGCAUUGACACUGUUUCAGAAAUGGGUUCUCUAUCUAGGGUGCUGUCACCAGUACCCUCCUCACAAGUAUCACGCUGUCCAAGCUUUGCAGAAAAGCCUCAUGCCCAGCCACUACCCCUUCCUAGAGUGCAACUUUCUAACAUUGGGCGUCCUAACUCUGGCAUCAGCAUGGUAUCAAAACCAGAAUCUGACAGAGAGUCCAACCAAUUGUUCUAUUUGCCUCUUCCAGGACCCGGAUGUGUCUCAAGCAGGGAAGAUCGUACCUAUGCUGAAGGAGAUUUAGCUACUGCUUCCAUAUCCAGUGAUAGUUCUAUUGAUAGUGAUGAUCCGUCUGACUCACGCCUUCUAAGUCCCAUGGGAUCCGACUAUGAAAAUGGAAACAGAACAAAUAUAAACAGUCCUUCCUGUGUAAUACAAAAGGAUCCAUUCCCUACUGUGUACCAAAAGAACUCCAAAGACACGUUGAAGCCGGGUCAUCUUUUGUGCAAUAAUCAGGUUCUGUCUACAUCACCAAAAUGGAAACCUUCAAGCACACAUAUGCAGAAUAUACAAAUCCCUUUCCAUGGUACUUUGUCUAGUGCUCCGGACAGCUCAAUGUCGAGUCCUUCUAGGAGUCCUAUGAGAGUGUUCAGUGUUGAGCAAGUUAGGAACUCUAGCUUCUGGGCAGCAAAGACUUAUCCAGAUAUAGCUUCUACCCACUGCUCUAGUCCAGGUUCAGGUCAAAAUUCUGGGCAUAAUUCAGUCGGAGGGGAUAUGUCAGGACAGUUGUUUUGGCAGCACAUUAGGUGUAGUCCCGAAUGUUCUCCAAUACCCAGUCCUAGAAUGACUAGUCCUGGUCCCAACUCCAGAAUACAAAGUGGUGCUGCUACCCCUCUGCAUCCUCGAUCCGGAGGGCCAGCCGCAGAGUCGCCUACAAGCCGGCCUGAUGAUGCGAAGCAGAAAAGCCACCGGUUGCCCCUUCCUCCAAUAACAAUAACUAAGACCUGUCCUUUUUCUCCUUCAUAUUCAGCUACAACAACUCCCACAGUUCCACGUAGCCCUAAUAGGGUAGAACAUCCAACAAGCCCUGGCUCACACUGGAAGAAGGGGCGCCUGCUUGGAAGGGGCACAUUUGGGCAUGUAUAUCUUGGUUUUAACAGUGAAAGCGGUGAGAUGUGUGCAAUGAAGGAGGUAACUCUAUUUGCAGAUGAUGCAAAAUCAAAGGAAAGUGCACAGCAGCUGGGCCAAGAAAUUGCUUUGCUAAGUCGCUUGCGACAUCCAAAUAUAGUGCAGUAUUAUGGAUCUGAGACGGUAGAUGACAAGCUUUACAUAUACUUGGAGUAUGUGUCUGGUGGGUCCAUCUAUAAACUGCUUCAAGAGUAUGGUCAGUUUGGUGAAGUAGCCACUCGUAGUUAUACUCAACAAAUCUUGUCAGGGCUUGCAUACUUACAUACCAAAAACACUGUCCACCGGGAUAUCAAAGGAGCAAAUAUAUUAGUAGAUCCAAAUGGUCGGGUGAAAUUAGCAGAUUUUGGGAUGGCUAAGCAUAUAACGGGACAGUCUUGUCCAUUAUCGUUCAAUGGAAGCCCAUAUUGGAUGGCGCCUGAGGUUAUCAAGAAUUCAAACGGUUGUAAUCUUGCGGUUGAUAUAUGGAGCCUUGGCUGCACUGUUCUUGAGAUGGCCACAACAAAACCACCUUGGAGCCAAUAUGAAGGGGUUGCUGCCAUGUUUAAGAUUGGAAACAGCAAGGAACUUCCUGAAAUUCCUGAUCAUCUGUCAGAGGAUGGGAAGAGCUUUAUUAGGCUGUGUUUGCAACGUAACCCACUGCAGCGUCCUACAGCUGCUCAGCUUUUGGAGCAUCCUUUUGUUAGGAAUGUUGCUCCACUGGAAAGAACCAUCCCUAGUGCAGAGCAUUCUAAAGGACCAGCUGCAAUGAGAUCUCAGGCAUUUGGACAUGGGAAAAAUCAUUUGAACUUAGACUCAGAAGGGAUGGGCAUGCAUCAGUCCAGAGGCUCAAAAACUGUUUUCGCAUCAAGUGAUGCUUAUUCACCGAAAAAUGUAUCAUGCCCAAUUUCUCCUAUUGGAAGUCCGCUUCUACAUUCUAGAUCACCACCACAUGUCAGUGGAAGGAUGUCCCCCUCUCCCAUAUCUAGCCCUCAUACCACAUCCGGUUCAUCUACUCCUCUCACCAGCAGUUCAAUCCCUUUUCAACACUUGAAGCAGCCAACAACCUACUCACUUGCAGGCAUAGGGAUGACCCAGAGAUCUCAAAACUGUGGUUUCCAUACAAAUGGCAACAUGCCAUACCAUGAGCCAAAGCCAGACCUACCUCAAGGAUUUCCACAAGGCUCUUAUGUUUUCCGGGAUAUUUUUUUUCCUGAUAAUGGUGUGCUCAGAAACCAGGUUGGGCAUUCAGUUCCUGGGGACCCCAGGGAGCUAUUUGACGUGCAGUCUGUUUUGGCUGAUUGUGUGUCUCAGCAGCUCUUAAGGGAUCAUAUUAAGUUGAACAUCCAUGGAUUGUAGUGCUCGAUCAUUGCAGUGGUACAUGGUAGGUCCAUAUUAAGCUGAACAUCCUUGUACGAGUGCUCGAUCAUAGCAGUGGUAUAUGGUAGGUGCGUGAUCCCUGGCUAGAACAGGGCUUCUAGGAAUCGACAAUGUGGACAAAUAUGCAAAUGAGUGGAUCUUUUGAUACCCUGAUUGCCAGAAGAGUAACAUGAUAUGAAUGGUCUCAAUGCUCUCAGUCAUGUUCCAGUGGUAAGCAGUACUCAGCAGAAGAGGGUUCUAAAGCUCUAUUGCGAUGGCCUUCGGAGAUCCAGCAUUUGAUAAUUCCUUGUAAAGCAAACGUUUCUGCUGCUGUAAAGAAGUGCACACUUUAGCAUUUGAACCUGACCUUCCAUUUUAAGUUACUGGGAGAAGAAAGGGCGGCUGAGGUGGCACAUAUUAUUGUACAGAGGGUGGGGAUUUGAAUUCGAGUUGAUUUUUGUCAAGAUGGUAGUUGAGAUUUGAAAGCUUUCCGGGCCGGUCUGUUCAAUCCUGUAUCAGUUCACGGAGCUCAGUCCGACUCUUAAGAUAGGCGGUUCGGGUUAUAUUGUUGUAUCUAAAUGUACUUGAAGUUGCAUCAAAUAGAAGAAAUCUAAUUCCUCUUGAA